CAGUAGACGGGAAUAGGGUUGCCUCUUGGGUUGGCGGCGCUACAACGAGGGUCGUCGUCGUGCGUGUGUGUUGUGUGCGUGUGUGUGCAUUACUGGAGACCCAGCAGCGUGACUGCCGCGUUGUCAUAGCGUUCUCGUGAGAAGCCCGGGCAAGUCGUCGACGAAUCUCACAGCCUCGGCGCCCAGGAUUACCGCCGCCGCCGCCAAGAUGUCGUCGUCGCCUUCUCAGCCCAACAACGGCGCGGCCACGAACGGCCGCGGGGAAAUGAUCGAGCAGAAGGGCCCCAACCACAUCGUUCGCAUUCGAAGUGACAGUGACAUCAACCUGGACGAUCUCUUUAAGGCUGUCAUGCAGCCCAGCGACCGGGUUCCGCUCAGUGUGCCGAUGCGGCUGCGGAACCUGCCCGCCUCGUUUUUCCAGCAGCCCGAGCGCUCCAAGUCGGCCUCUCACAGCCGUGAAUCGAGUAGCGAUGCCACUUUCUCGCCAUCGGAGGCCUCGGCAGCAGCAGCAGCCGCUGCUGCUGCUGCGGCGGCCGUGGUUGCCCCGCCAUCGCUACCCGUGAACCACCCGCGGGCGCACUCGUCACCCGCCUCGCUACAGCAGAGCUACAACGCGCCCAGCCCGCAGCAUCUGCGCCAGCAGAGCUACGACCUCGUCGACGAUCUGCCCCCGGGAUGGGAGAUGGCCAAGACGUCCACGGGGCAGCGCUACUUCCUCAACCACCUGACACAAACGACAACCUGGGAUGACCCUCGCAAGAAGACCCCAAGCACCAAACACCACGCAACGCCUCCGCCCCCGCCACACACGGCUGCUCCCCCAGCAGGGCCAUUCAAGAACCUGGGCCCGCUUCCAGAUGGUUGGGAGCAGGCCACCACAGCUGAGGGAGAGGUUUACUUCAUCAACCACAUUGAACGUACAACCAGCUGGUUCGACCCAAGGAUACCUGCCCAUGCUCAGAAACCUCUUCUCCAGAGCCAUGCCUCCCAGCUUCCUGGCCACCAGCAGAGUCAGGGUUCCGGAAAUGCGGUGAGCAGUACAGGUCCUACCUCUCCAGACACAAUGAACUCCAUCUCAGCUGUGGUGGCUGCGACCAGCUCUCUCACCCUCCAGCAGCAGCGCCAGCAGAAGAUGCGCUUGCAACAACUGCAGAUGGAACGGGAGCGCCUCAAGCUUCGGCAGCAGGAGAUCCUACGCCAGACGGCAUUCCUUGGAAACUCCGCACGUAAUGAGAUGAUGCUGCGACGUACACUGACUGAGGAGAUCCUCCCAAGCCCAACGUCUCCUACUGCAAGCGACGUAGCUGGAGUGGGUCCCACAACAGACCCUUUUCUGGGCGGUGACUUCCAUUCGCGCCAGGAGAGUGCCGACAGUGGCCUUGGGCUGGGCCCAAACUACUCGUUGCCGCAUACUCCGGAGGACUUCCUCUCCAGUAUGGACGACAGCAUUGAUGCUGGGCUGAAUGAUGAUCCCAACAACCAGAACAGUGAAUUGAGUUUAGACGGCCUACAAGGCACGGGCAUUGACCUGGGCACAGAGAACAUGGACUCGGAUGAUCUCGUGCCCAGUUUACAGGAGGAGCUGCAGGGAGACCUUCUGUCAGACAUGGAGGCAUUGUUAACGUCCAGCAAGGACAGCGUGCUCACAUGGCUUUAGGACAGUGCCUGACAACCACUCUCCUUUGCCUCCCUUCUUUCUCUGCCAGCUUUCCACCAACUUCUUCCUCGGACUAUCUCCCUUCUGAGAAAAAGCAGACUGGUGCACUGCCAUUCAACUUGGAUAUUUCAUCGGAACAAGCCCAAGUCAUGUAGGCCAAGAAGCACGAACACCCUCUCCAUGCCUUCCAGUGCCUUGUGUUCCCACCAGGAAACACUCGUAGGCCGUGCUGUUUUCAAGGUUUAACGUCCAGCUUUGGAUAGCAGACCUGUGCCUCUUACGUGCAGGGUUCCGCAUGAGCCACUGCUGUCCACUUGAAGUGCCUUACAUUGAUGAAUUUUAGAUGCACCUAUUAUUGAUCAGCAGUUCAGCUGAGGUUGGAUUCACAGAUACCUUUAAGCAUGUUUAGAGGGACAAGUACCGUCCAUUAUUGAUGAUAACAUUGUGUCGAGCGAGUGCACAGUCAGUGCGCCAUUGAGUGCAUUGUGUCGCACGAGCCAAACUUACUUUAGACCUGUGUGCCUUACCAACACCGCGUGUGUAUUGUCUUUGCAGACGUGCAUGCUUGUGUGCCUUAUCAAAGUAACGUCUACUAUACACAGCUUUUGCUAUUGUGACCAGAAUAUAACGUGUGAAAAUUUGCUUUCUGUGGCAGUGGGGCUGCCCUUACUACUAAAUGUUCUCGUGCAUGAGAACGACGUCUGCUAUUUCACUGCUAUUUUCGAAGCCUUGAAUUUCAAUGCAGUAUUUUAUGCUAUUACCCCCAAGUGUUGUGACUUAGUGCAAGGGGAGGCUAUGGGAGGGUGUUCUGCAAUCGUUAAAAAUGGCAGCAAAAAGUACCAUGCUUGAACGUCCCUUCCUUUUAAAACUUAAAGUCUCGUCUCUGUGUAGAGGCAGGGCUUGCUCAAAGUGUUGCCUCCGUAGAAUGUGCCUUUUGCAGCCUUGGCUCAGAUUAAACAGCUGAGUGCAAGGCUCGCUGUCCACUUAUUGUGUGCCACUGUUAUUCUCGCACAUACCUUGUACUGAAGGGGGCGGUGUCGCUAGGAGCAACACAUGACCCGCAUCAUCUUUUUAGUUUUAACAAACUGUCUGUUGUUGUAUCAGGAAGUACUAUUUGACAUGUCAAGCAAUAACAAGGCCUUGUGCAGCGCCCACUGGCUUGACCCAUAGGGCACACAUAUCCGCACCUAUUUGUUCCUACGUUGUUUAUCCUUGUUUUUCUCCCUUCUCCUUUCUCUGUUCUCUUGUUGAAAGAGGAACUUGUAUAUUUGAGUUAGCUGCAUGACUGAGGUUGUCAGCGUCCAUUCCAUCCAUGAAUAGAGCUCCUCUCCCUUUGUGAAGCUGUCUGUGACUGAUGAGGGGCAAGGCUGAUUGCCAGAACCUAUGGUUAACACAGCAGCUUCUUGGUACGUUGUGCUGACUUCAAAAGCUCGCAUAAUGGCAGCUUUUCAGUCUGCUUUUAAUGUCUUGCAAUGACCUUGUUUUGAAGUUAAUCGGCAUAGUGCCCGUCAUAACAUUUUUUUUGUCACUUUUGUUUAUUCAAUUCAGUACACAUAUAAGCCUACCUUAGUUUCCUUUCUUUUUCUUGUCCUUUUGUGCAGAGGCACGACAUAUGUAUGCCUAAUUGUGCCUCAUUAGUAGCUUCCUUUUUCUAUACUUUUUAUCAAAGUCUUUAGCUGAGGAUAUGGUUUGUUUUGGUACACGUUUUUAGUAGCCCUUAUAAAUGCUUAUUAUACCAGAAAAGUUAUACUUUUACUCGCUUGAUUUCAGCUUAUUUUCAUUUUGCCAAUUGUAACCCUUGAAGCUGGUGGAAAAAAUUGCUAACCAUGGUUCUGCCAACAGUCUUGUUACCAGUCCAGCGAACGUGCUUUUGUGCGCAGGGAGAAAAUGUUAUUUUUCAUGUGUGCAUGCAUGUGUGCGUAUGUGUGUGAGAGCGAAUGGUGUUUUCUUGUUACAUUGAGUUCAUCCACCGUGCACGGCAUGUGCAAGAGCGCCAGAAGGCUCGUGGCUAUAAUCUCGGAGCCUUGCUUGUGUCGUCACUUCUAUCAUUUCUUUUAUACAUCGCUUACCGAAGUGGAGACUGAGAUGAAUGUUGUAAGCGACAAAAAAAGAAGAAAAAAGUAGGAGGUACCACAAACUCCUGAAGACCUGAAAUCAUUCUUUUCUUCUCUCCUUUUUCGUUUCAUGAAUGACAUGUAAAGGAUGCUUUUGAGUGCCAAACGUGUGUAAAGCACGUGCAAUGUGACGCAUCGUCAUGAGACGCAUUGUUUCGUUAUUUUCUUCUUGUACACAUCUCUUUUGUCCCUUUUUUUUCACCCUUGUACAGAUGUUGUAGCUGCAUUUACACAGCCACGAUGGACCUUUGCUAAGUAAGAGAAAAGUGACCUAAGUGCCUUAACUGUUUGUGGCAUUUUUGUGUUGAAAGCCACGAAAUGUAAGAAAAAUUAAAAAGGGCCAUAAAAGAUGAAAUAUCGAUUUCAGGGACAACUGGGUGUGUCCCGCUUAAGCUCCAAGAGCAUUGUUAACUGCAUUCUUACUACCUACGUGCCUUCUAGCUAUCCAUAAGCGUGUUGAAACUCAAUAAGUGGUGAAAUUAGCACGCUUGGCUGCUCUUGUUGACUUAUUCCGUGACAUGCUAAAGUGAUCCCAGAUGCAAUGCAAUGGGUGAGGUGACAAUGUGAAGCUGCAACCGUGAAGUUCGCCUUUUUUUGUUUCGGUGCUGUUUUACCGUACAAUGUAAUGCCUAUGAGGACGUUGUCGCUGCACACGAGGUUCUGUUUUUUGCUCCAACGAUCAUGCUUUGCGUGAUUUGCUUUUUGAUGAGCAAACAGGCUAAAGUGACAGGUUUGUUUCAUUUUUUUUUCUUUUUGAUGAGCAAACAGGCUAAAGUGACAGGUUUUUUUUUUUUUUUUUCGGCGGCAAAUUGUCAACUUCUGUGAAAUGGCGAAGAACGAAGGGAGCCCUCCAUCAGUAUUAGCACUUUUGUGGUUCUGGUGAUCCAUUGAGACUUGUCGCAUUUAGGAUUGACAUGUCAUCUCAUUUAUGGUUGUGACUGAAGAAGUACAAAAAAACAAUCGACUGCUGCUAUGUUCAAAGAAGCAAGCUAAGAAAAGACAAAAAGAAAGCAAAAAUGUUAUGGGUCACCGGAGAACAAGUAUUAUAGAAAAGCCUGUAUUGUGAGUGCAGGAAAAAGUUGGAGCUGGCCUUUCCUUCCUCGCAUAGCACAGGGGACGUAGCUUUUCUUGUUUCUUAUUUUUUGCCCCCUUGUCCCCUUUUAUAUCUUAAGACUGCCCAUUCUUGUCACAAGGCAUGCAGUGCAGCUUUGAAAGCCUUUUGCUGACAAACAUCAUGCCGACAAGAAUGUUUGGUGCAGUCUCAUGUUUGUGCAGCUAUCUUUUUUUGUCUUACCGCUUUUAACUGACUCAUUUGUGGCGGGUAGAGAAAUGGAAUUGUUUUUAGAUGUCACUUGAGGUGUGCCUUAUCUGACAAGUGCAAUUGAAAACUCCUGAACAUGGCAGCCUUUGUGAAGCCACAGUGCAGAGCAAGCUACCUCUGAAUCUGGAAGAAACAGACAUGAAGACAUGAAUUGCGAAGUGUCUUGUCAAUGCUGGCUUGGAAGUUCCACUGUGCGACUGCUUGUUGUUAACCACAUUGCAGGAGACUUGUUGUGAUAUGCCCAUCCCUCCCUUUUUUUAUGUAUAUUAUGUGUAUUUUAAAUUUCAGUGGUUUUUGGGGAAAGGAAAACAAAAAAAGAGAAAAGGCGAGUGAACAAGUGCUCGCAGUCAAAAUUUUAACGUCUAGCUUUUAAAACAAUUUAUGUACAUAAAAAAAGGCUUACUUAAUUCCUCCAAUAUUUGUCAUUGUUUGUAUUUUUUUUCCCUUAUGUUGGCUGUGAACCAUGUAAAUAAAUAAUUAAUGUUCAAACAA